CACACACACACACACACACAGAGGCGCGCGCGCAUGCAUAAGACUCUCCUUGGCUCGCACACAUCCAAGAGCGCGGCUCUCUGCUCCAGAGCUGCUGCUGCUGCCGCCGCCGCUGGUUACGCCAGCCCCGCCGCCGUCUCCCUUCGCCUCGGAUUCUGCGCACACGGCCAGCCCCGAAGCCUGUCAUUCUGCACAACACAGUCGGGGUGUUUUUUUCCCCCCUGCCUUUCCUCCCCUCGCUCGAGCCGGGCGCCAGGAGAGGAGGCGCACCGGAGCCAAGUCCCGCAGCCCCAGCAUGGCUUCGGGGGACCUUUACGAGGUGGAAAGGAUUGUAGACAAAAGGAAGAACAAAAAGGGGAAAUGGGAGUAUCUGAUACGAUGGAAAGGUUAUGGAAGCAACGAGGACACUUGGGAACCGGAGCAUCAUUUGUUGCACUGUGAGGAAUUUAUCGAUGAAUUUAACGGCCUGCACGUUACGAGAGAAAAGAGAGCAAAGCAUGGGAAGCAAGCAGUCACACCAAAAUUUUUACGAGAGAGCCGAGGCUCGUCCCUGGACAAAAUUUCACACAGACCCACUGACACUGGGAAGAGUAAAGGUUUGUCUCAUAAAAAGAAACGAAUAGCCUUUCCAAAGCCAAAAAAGAGUUAUGCAGCCAAGCCAGCAUCUUCAGGGGACAGAGCAGCUAAAACCGUGUCUUACCGGACUACUCCGAGUGGUUUACAGAUUAUGCCCUUGAAAAAAACCCACAAUGGCCUACAGAAUGGAGAUGCCACUUUUGAGAAGGAUUCUAGACAUUUUGGGAAUGGCGCCCAAAAGCCAAACAUGGAUUUAAAUGAACAUGAAGGGGAACAAGACCUGCCUAGCGUUCUGGAUGUUAAUAAUAAGACACCUGUCAUGAAUGGAAUCGGUUCUUCCCUGGCUAAUGGCGGCCUGAAUCUUCAUAGCACUGUGAAAAGGAAACUGGAAGGGGAGAAGGAUUACGUCUUUGAUAAGAGGCUAAGGUACAGCGUGCGCCAAAACGAGAGCAACUGUCGGUUCAGAGACAUUGUAGUGCGCAAAGAAGAUGGAUUCACGCACAUCCUCCUGUCCAGUCAGACUUCAGAUAACAAUGCACUAACUCCAGAGAUCAUGAAGGAAGUUCGGCGAGCACUGUGCAAUGCAUCAGCUGAUGACAGCAAACUCCUGCUCCUCAGCGCAGUGGGCAGUGUCUUCUGCAGCGGCCUAGAUUACUCCUAUUUAAUUGGCAGAUUAUCGAGUGACAGAAGAAAGGAAAGCACCAGGAUUGCAGAAGCAAUAAGGGAUUUUGUCAAGGCCUUCAUUCAGUUUAAAAAGCCGAUUGUGGUUGCAAUCAAUGGCCCCGCUCUUGGCUUGGGAGCUUCAAUAUUACCACUAUGCGAUAUUGUUUGGGCAAGUGAAAAGGCCUGGUUCCAGACACCAUAUGCAACAAUUCGGCUCACUCCGGCUGGCUGCUCAUCUUAUACGUUUCCACAGAUCCUAGGUGUAGCUCUGGCAAAUGAAAUGCUGUUUUGUGGGAGAAAGUUAACAGCACAAGAAGCCUGCAGCCGAGGACUCAUCUCCCAAGUCUUUUGGCCCACGACAUUCAGCCAAGAGGUGAUGCUGAGGGUAAAAGAAAUGGCAUCCUGCAGUGCAGUGGUAUUAGAAGAAUCUAAAUGCCUGGUUCGGAGCUUCCUGAAAUCCGGACUCGAAGACGUCAACGAGAAAGAGUGCCAGAUGUUAAAACAGCUCUGGAGUUCUUCCAAAGGACUGGAUUCGUUAUUCAGUUAUUUGCAAGACAAAAUUUAUGAAGUCUGACCCUCCCAUCAUGUGUCACAAGAGAGAAAAGGUUCCAAGAGAAGAGGGAUUUCCAAGCAUCACCUGGGUUUGGAAAACAAAAUUAAAGAUCAAGUCCAGGUCCAGUAAAUCCUGCAGAGGAAUUUGUGUGACAAUGUAUCUAACAUACAUACGUAUGGCUGUGUCAGUUUCCUUAUGAGUUAUAUAGAAAAGUUUCAGUGACUGUUCCUAGCAAGUUCAAUUCUUGUUUGACAAAGGGAAAGAGGACGGGACCCACGCAAACAUACUUGACAGAGAACUGGAUCGUACACAUGCGCAGAUAGAGAGAACCACACAUUCCGCCAGCCAAAAAGCACUAGCGUCCCUGUUCAAGGGACGCCAGGAGUUUGUUUUUGUUUUGCUUUUAAUUUAUUUUUUGUAAGAGACUUAGUUUAGAAUUUGGGUCAAAGUUACACUUUUUUGAGCCUGCUUCAGAACUGUUUUACUACUUUUAUGUUUUUCUGUUUUUUGAGAUGUUAACAAUGGGAUGGAUUUUUUUUUCUAUAAUUUAUAUGUUUGGUGUAUUGGAAGAUUAAUUUGCAAAAAGAAACAGAAAAAUAUCCCCUAACAAGCCUCCUGGGGAUUCUUGUCCUCUGGACGAAUUUAUUUAAUUAAUUUAUUGUACCUCUGCGUCUAUAUUCAGUUGAUUGCGUAAGACGUUAUUGUGAUUAUUUUCAUACUUCCACAGACUGGAUAAAUGUUUCGUACAAACGUGCAAGCUCUUCGCUUUGCUUUAGCAGAAUCAAUUGGGCAGAUAAGAAAAAAAUGGAGGGCGUAGCAGGUAACAAACACAACGCUGUGAGGCAUUAAAUGCAACAGCCACAUCUGUCUUUCAGUAGGUUACCCAUAAGACACCAAAGGGUUCAGAGUAGACUGAGUAGAUUCCUCAAGGAAACCAGUGAAAAAAGCUGGACUUCUGGUUGUUACCCAAGGCCCUCUUUGCUUCCUGACGACAUGAUGCACAGUGUAGAGAUUUUUGUACUUUUUUCCAAAGAGUAAUAUGUUUACUCUGUUUUCUUAUUAACUAGACAUUAAUAACAGGGUGUACAGUGCCCAAACUGUGGUACUGGCAAAGGAGAUAAAGCAUCCCUUUGUGCUGUGAAACUGAGAUCUUCACCCUCAUGGGCCUCUGGUUAAUUCUAUUUUUCAAAUGUCGGACAAACAGCAUUCAGAAAGUUUAGAGAGACCCCAGCAAAAAAAUGCUAGAUUAUUAAUUAGAUCAGGAAAAACUUUCAUUCUGCUUCCUUUACCCAGUAUUCUAUGUCGGGCCUAACCACUCAGGUCUACUUUCCCACCAGAACAAGCUAUAAUCGUUUGUUCUUAAAAUAGCACUCUGGAAUUUUGAGGGGUAAUAACUGACAAGAUUUUCCCUACUACAUUCGUCCAACACUUUACUGUGUGAAAAUAAAGAAUGGAAGUGGCAUUGAUGCAGAAGAUUUGCACUUACAGUUGUUCCAGUGGUUUGCGUGUUAUCUGGCCUUCUCCACAUUGGCCGGUUAUGCAGAACGUGUCUACUGCACAAUGGGGGCAAAUGUCAGUUGCAGCAAGAUUUCCUGUAUGGACCAAUUUCCUCAAGCCCUGCUUUCAUUUUCUAUCCUCCCUGCGGCAAGCAAGAGCACUUCUAGCAUUAAUUUAAUUUUGCUUCACCGACAGAGUGGGCAGAUGUGCCAGAGAGCACAGCUUUGCCCUGGACCUCUUCCCUCCACCCAUUUCCAGCCUCCCAGCACCCUUCUCAGUUCCUCACACUGCUGUUCAUGUCUUCCCCCUCUCCCCUGUCCCUUGUUGCCAUCUUCUUCCUGCUUCUCUAAAUGCUUACAUUGAGAUCUCAAUUUAUAUUCUCUUUCUGCCUCCACCUCCCCCAGACUGUCAGGGGGGCUUUCUAAAACUUUAUUUGAAACAAACCUCUUUUUAAAAACAAGCCUCUCUUACAGCAGCAGCAAGGGAGAGGAGGGGAAGGACAUGGACAGAAUAUCAGCAGAGUUCAGAGAACCAGUGAUGGGCAGAAUUAAGAGAAGCAGCAAAAGGAAAAGUUGGUUAAGAUUAACAAGCAGCUGCAAGGCAGGCACUGGGCUGCCUCCUCACAUGUAAGCAGAGAAACGUGAGGAAACCACACCUCAGCCCCAACGCUCAGCUACCAGCCCUGAGGUAAGCGUUCCAUGAGUAAUGGGCCAUUGCUACAAUAAGCUCUUGGCUCUUAGGUCUUUUCAAAAUGCAAAACAGAACACUCCCUGCAAAAGAAUACUAGGAAGGGAGAGUCAACAGUUUGUAAAUGUCAUGGAGAACAUAAAUAAUUCCUAUAAUUUUUUUAAAACCCUUUGAUUUUGUGUGUGUGUGUGUUUUUAUCCAUUCAUUGCUAAAGGGAAAAACACUUUCCAAUUUCUAUUCUUCGUUUCUGAGCUUCCAGAUGCUGUUUAAAGUUUGUUUGUUUGUUUGUUUGUCAUCUGGGAAAAAAACCUUCUUGAAAAUCUAUGGCAAAUCAGGGCUCAAGGUUUACCUGAAUGUUUUUGGAUGCAAUAUAGAAGAUGAUUUGUGGAAUCAUCAUAACCGUAUAUGCUUAAAGCAGAUAUUAAGUUCUUCCUCAUGUUCCUUUUACUAGUUCAGAUCCUAGCAGCUUUUCCAGGGGUGAAACACGGGAGGAGGGACCACUUUUGACCACAACAAAAGGCUAUGCUACAGGGCCCAGUGGGACAGGGCCACAGUGAGGGUGAAAUUGAGCAAAAAAGCUGGUAUGAUUCAAUCCAUUCACUGUUGAGUAUUAUGGAUGGCUUCAACCAAUUCAUGGCCUACUUGCUGUGUCUCAUUAUUGCUGACUUCUUGGGGACCCAUCACAUCAGCAACUGAAGUUCUACUCUUGCACAAAUAUUGGAGAAACAUGAUUUUCUUCUGCUAAGUGUAGACACUUCCAUUGGUGUAGACACUUCUUAUAGAAGGAGACUUAUUCUGCUGGAAAAACAACUUUCUCUAAUGAUAGAUUCCUCAGAUAAAAACAGCUGGACACAACCUCAUGGAUCUUUUCUGCCUUUCCCAGAAGUCUGUGUGGGUGACCCAGAUCCCUAGCAUCACAGUUUUGGUCUUCAGAAGAGCAUUGAAGAAGUGUGAGAAAGAUCCACCAUAUAUUUUGCUAGUGUUGCAUAAAAUCCAACCUUGUGACAUUAAGUAAAUGGGGGGAGGGGAUUCAAAGCAUAUUAUAUGGCAAAACCCAUUUUUCCUUUUUCUCCUUCUUAAAGAGAUACAACUCCAAUUGAUGUUUCCAAUAUGCUAAACUGGCAGAGAGUUGGUGCUAAGCCUUGCUUACCAGAGAUACCUAUUGGGUGACUGAACGUCUGAUUUUAGAACAAAGAAUCCUCAUAAUACAACUGAUUUUUCAACACCGUGUUUUCAAAAUAUUACCAUCUUUUCUUUGGCAAAUGAAUGACUGAACCACACAAAACACAGUUUCUUCAUAAGAACUUAAAGCCUUUCAGCUGUUAAAGAUAAAUUUCAUAAGUGGUUAAUCUUUCACUUUUUUAAAGGACAGUCUUUUUUAAAUAAAAAAGCUUCCUUAUUCAGUUUUCUCUCUCAGCACUGGGUAUUCUGCCCUAUAGGUGUACUGUAUAUAAGAUCCUGGGUACAUUUAUGAAUAUUCACAGUAUUUAAGAAAAUAAAUGCAAAUCUGUUGUUAAAGUAUGUUGUAUUAUUUUAUGUAAAUGGUUUUGUACAAAUCUUUAAGAAUGGGCAGUUUUGCAUUUGUAGAUAUGGAAAGGUAAAGCAGUUCAUUUGUGUGUUUGUCAUGCAUGUAUAUUUUUUGCUGUAUAUAAACUGUGGCUUUGUUUAUUAGCUGGGUACCCUUCUGUUUCAAUUAAUAAGCUUUCAGACUUUAAUACAGUAUAUAUUUUCAAAAGUAUAAACUUUUAUAUUUCUGUGGUAGAUUAGGGUAAGCGUUUUAGGCAAUCUUUUCCACUAUGGUUACCCAUUCUUUUAAUCUCUACAAUUUUCAGGUUUUGUGCCAAUCGUUUUCCACUUAGAAUAAUACUUUUCUUUUCUUUUCUAAAUAUAUGCAGGCAGGGGUUGUUUGUGUCUUUGUUCCUUCCUUCCUUCCUUCCUUCCUUCCUUCCUUCCUUCCUUCCUUCCUUCCUUCCUUCCUUCCUUCCUUCCUUCCUUCCUUCCUUCCUUCCUUCCCAGUCUUGAAAUAACUGACUUUAAAAUAUAAUUUGUAAUACUGCAUUUGUGAAUAAGCCUUACCACUAGGUGGAAUCAUGUGAUGUUGACUGCAUACGUAGAAUUGAACAUCCAACUGGAUGCAACACUGGGGGACUGAGGCUUUAGAACAUGGGUUGUCACCAAGCAGAGGGUAGGUGGGCACUUUUACGCAGAAGAGGCUGGAUGUGAGGGAGAUGCUAAGCUCUGUCUCCACCAACGCCUGCCCCACCUAACUACCAUUUUUUCCAACUCUAAAACCAGACAGGAUUCUCACAGGGAGAAAAGCACCUUGAAGAAAGUGGUUUGGAGAGGAAGCAUAAAAUGAAAGAAAGGCUGGGUAUCUUCUCCCUCAGCCACGUUUUUGCUUGAAAUGCCCUUUCAACCAUCAGUUUUCAUAUAACCUUCGUCUAACUAGUGGGCUGUGUUGUAUCUAUUUGGAUGCUGAGGACUUCCCCCAAAUAGCUUUGUGCAGAUGGCUUGCAAAUUCAGAUUGCAAAGCCUUAAGCUGUGGUGUAUUUUUUUUUUUAGUGUAUGUAUGUGUGAAAUGGAUAAUACGGGUUGUUUCUUUCAAACAAUAUAGUUAGGCUUGUCAGUGUGGACUUUGUUCUCUAUAAACUGUGCAUAUGGUCCACCCCAGUCAUACCAAUCAAUCUCAGGCUUGUGUUCUGUGGCUGGGCCUAUCAGAGUCAAAUCUGGCUGAAGCCAACUCUCUGUCAGAGACACUAAAGAAGUUUACAUAAGAGACUUAAUGACAAUCUUAAUAGUAGUGCAUUUAAGUACUCAAUAUCCUAGAUGUGUUAUUUGUGUCUACCCAAUUAACUACAUGUUUUUAAGCCAUACUAAAUCUCUUUGCCACUACUUUAAAUACAACCCGGAAAGUAAUUUGCUAACAUACUAACAUUGUCAACAGGUUUUCGACUCUUAGGGAAUAAAUAAAGAAAUAUAUAUAUAUAUAUUAUAGAAGAGAGGUGUAUGUGAGGAAAAAUAAACCAGGACCAAAGAGUUCAAUUGACUAAAUAUCCAGAAGUUUAGAAAAAUGAAGCAAUUUCAACUGAACAGCAAAGAGCAGCUGCUGAUUCCCUUCUCGUCAAAUUUUCAUUUCAUUUCUUAUUCAUUUCAGGGAAAGAGAGAGAAAGAACAGGGCAGGGUGGCCAGAGUAGGCCUAUCCUCCAAAAGCUAAUUAGAAAACAAAGAGAUGGCCAGUAAACGAUAAGAGUGUCUAUUGGUAAGGCUUAUUACCAAACCUCAGAGAUAAAGCAGAUAACCAAAAAGGAAAAAAAAGUUAAAAUUGCAAAAUUUAUGUGGGGCAACUUAUUUGAUUAGUAAUGAAUCUCUUGUACAAAGGAAUUAAAACUUUCAGCGUAGGCCCUUGAGUUAUUUUGUUGUUUGGAUGUCAUAGGCUAAGACGGAAACAGCUUCUAAACAUUUGUAAUGGAUGACAAGUAUACAGUAUAUGAAAUACAAGGGUAUGGGGCACCCCUUAACCACAGUGUUGUAAAUAAUCUUUCUGAAACUGGGACAGUGCUGAGGGACACAUUAUCUUCUGAUAUAUCGAAUAUUGACUGUCUAGAUCAAAUUGUACACAAUAUAUUUGUGGAUGGUCCUGUAAACUAGUGUAUGGACACAUUUUUCUAGGUGCCUUAGAAGUUGUAUUUUUCAUGUGUGUUAAUAUGCAGUAUUUAUACAUUGUGAGAAGCUGCUUUGAAUAAAAACAUUGAACCUUC